CCCACCAAAAAAAAAAAAAAAAAAAUUCCCUUUCUCCUCAGUCCUUCUAGAUCUCUUUUCAAUAUUUCAAAAUUCCUGAUUCUUUAGAUGCAACUUUGCUGUUGCUAAGCUUUUAAACCCUAGCUCUUUUUUUCUGUAUCUGCUUUGUCUCCGGCGAUCGAUAUGCUAAUUGUGCUUCCCUAAUUUUUGGCGAAGGAGUUUGAUAAACAAAUAAAAACGGAUCAAUGAAUGAAGAAGCGCCAUCGGGAACUGGUGAAGAAGGAUGUAAAAUAUCACUGUUUGAUUAUUCUGCUGAGAAUCACUUGAAGGCAGUGGAAUCGAUAAGUGAUCUAUGUGGUGAAGCUGCUACUGUUGUUGAUAACACUGAUAUCAAUAGACUAUCAUCAUCUGUUACAUUCUUGAGGCAAUGGAGGCAUUUUACUUAUGAACCAAAAAAUGUUGGAUUCUAUAACGAGGCUGGAAAAAGCUGUGAACCAAAGGAUAUAAAAACUCAGACUUUGCCUCAGUUUUCUUCAGCUCGAGCUCCUAAGGUGAAUAUACAUGAAGAUGAAUCAUCAGAACCCAGCAAGGAUUUUGUUAUGCAUGUUGGAGGCUCUGUUUGGGGAUUGGAGUGGUGUCCCAGAGUUCAUGGAAAUCCAGAUGCUCAAGCAAAAUGUGAGUUUAUGGCGGUUGCUACUCAUCCGCCUGAAUCAUACAGUCACAAGAUAGGCGUUGUACUUUCAGGCAGAGGAAUUAUUCAGAUAUGGUGCAUUCUAAAUACUACAUGUGAGAAGGAUAGCGCCCAGAUAUCAGCGAAGACUCAGAAGUUGACACCAAAGUCUCAAAAGAAACCAUCCGAUGAAACAACUAAUAAAACAGAACCUAAAAAACCGAGAGGCAGGCCUAGAAAGCAUCCAAUAGAGACAACAGAGCCUAAGAAACCAAGAGGAAGACCUAGAAAGAAGAUUACUUCUGAGCUUCCUAUUGAGCAGCUUGAUGGUGACGUUCUAUACGUUGAAGCUUUGUCUGUUCGGUAUCCGGAAGAGUCAGUUGCUCCCGAAACUCCUCUUCGGAGUCUACGAGAAACCUCAGUGACAGAAACUAAAAGCAACAAUGAAAGCUCAGAACAAGUGUUGUCUUCAGAAAAUGCCAAUAUCAAACUUCCCGUACGGAGAAAGAGACAGAAAACCCAACAUACUGAAGAAACUUGUAAACCCGUGCUAUCAGAAGGUAGUGAAGCUCUUGGAAACGUACCAGGCGAACUAUCCUCAGAUGUCUCUGAAGACAUUUCUCUUCCAAGGGUUGUCUUAUGCCUAGCCCACAAUGGAAAGGUUGCCUGGGAUAUGAAAUGGCGUCCCUCAUCUGCAGAUGAUUCUCUUAAUAAGCAUAGAAUGGGAUAUUUAGCUGUCUUGCUGGGGAAUGGAUCUCUGGAAGUGUGGGAUGUUCCAAUGCCUCAGGCAAUUUCAGCUGUAUAUUUAUCUUCAAAGAAAGAUGCGACUGAUCCUCGUUUUGUGAAACUGGCUCCCAUUUUCAAAUGUUCGAACUUGAAGUGCGGUGAUACACAGAGUAUUCCUUUGACAGUUGAAUGGUCGGCUUUUGGGAACCCUGAUUUCUUACUCGCUGGUUGCCACGAUGGCACGGUUGCUCUUUGGAAGUUUUCAACAACUAAAUCUUCAGAAGAUACAAGACCUUUACUUGUCUUCAGCGCAGAUACAGCUCCUAUUAGGGCAGUUGCAUGGGCUCCUGUAGAUAGUGAUCCGGAAAGUGCAAACGUAGUAGCUACUGCUGGACAUGCAGGACUGAAGUUCUGGGACCUACGUGAUCCAUUCCGUCCAUUAUGGGAAUUGCACCCAGUACCAAGAUUUAUUUACAGCAUCGAUUGGUUACAAGACCCAAAAUGCGUCUUAUUGUCCUUUGAAGAUGGAACAAUAAGAAUCCUAAGCCUGGUGAAGGUUGCGUAUGAUGUUCCGGCAACAGGAAAGCCUUAUCGUAACUCAAAACAGCAAGGCUUCAGUGUUUAUAACUGUUCAUCUUUUCCCAUCUGGAGUAUUCGAGUAUCACGUCUAACAGGCAUGGCAGCUUAUUGCACUGCAGAUGGGUCCGUUUUCCAUUUCGAGCUAACGACCAAAGCAGUGGAAAAAGACUCGAGAAAUCGGACUCCGCACUUCCUCUGUGGACGAUUCACAAUGAAUGAUUCCACAUUUACAGUGCAUAGUCCAUUGCCCAACAUACCGAUAUUCUUGAAGAAGCCGGUCAGUGAGACCGGUGGUGAAAAACAAAGAUGUCUUCGAUCCCUUGUGAAUGAAACUCCCAAGCGAUACGCAUCUCCCGUUUCAGAUGUUCAGCCUCUAGCUUUUGCACACGAUGAGGACCCGGGGUUAGAGUGUGAAACUGAGGGAACAAAAAACAAAAAAAGAUCAAAAAUAAAGGCGAAGAUAGGAGAGAACACAAUAGAAGAGGACGAGAACAGAGGAGCAUUGGUCUGUGUUCAAGAAGAUGGCGAUGAAGAAGAAGAAGGAAGAAGAAGAAAGGAAGCAAGCAACAGUAGUAGCAGCGGAGUGAAAGCGGAAGUGUUCCCGCCUAAAAUGGUGGCGAUGCACCGAGUGCGGUGGAACAUGAAUAAAGGAAGUGAGAGAUUGUUGUGUUAUGGCGGAGCUGCUGGGAUCGUUCGUUGUCAAGAGAUUGCUUCACUUGGUUUGGUUGCUAAACAAAACCGGAGACCUCAGAGAUAAAUGUAGUCCCAAGAUGUUCCAUACUUUUAAUAUCUUAAUCAUUUGAUCAGGAUAAAUAAAUUAAGGUUGAAUUCAAUCCAAAA